UCUCGACUCUCUGCUGGAAAAUUCGGAGAGAUGUGCCGAAAAAAACUUUCGAUCGCCCUCCCCCACCUAUAGCUCUAUGCGGCCUUUCAUCCUGCCCCUCCCCAACGUGUUUGAUCUCCGAAGCGCCCCUCCCGGCUUUCUUCGCGAGGUGACGUCAGGUCAAGCUCUCGUGUGUGUGUGUAUUACACGUACAGCAGUAGCUCAAAGUAGAAGGGGAGAGAAGAUCAAUCCGCAUGUCCUCACUUGGCGCUCGGUAAAAAGCUGCAGCGCCGGGUAAUAUCGAGCGGGAACUGAAAUUGAAACGCGAUGAAAACGCGAUCGUCGUCAGCAAUAUUACACGCAGGAUGAAAAUAAUCCCAGCCUAAACGCCCCCUUAUACGUCUCGGCGCAGCGUGAAGGGUUCACUGACACUCUUUCCCGUCGAAUAUUCGGUCGCGCGAGUACAGAGGGAGUCUGCACGGAAAAUUCCCACAGGAUCGCGGGAUAUCCGAUAAAAAAUUUCGUCACCCUCGCGCCGCCGAGGAAAAGAAGAAGAAGAAGAAGAAGAAGGAGAAGGGAAGAGCGCCCGCGCAUAUAGAUAGAGUCGCGCGCGAGACGGACGUUGUGUACGAGUUGAACCGUCGGAGGUUGUCGGCUGAGUGACGCGCAGUGGAGAGGCGCCGGGAGAGGAGGUAUUGAUUGCAGCGGCGCUGCGAAAGCCGAGCGAGUAGUGCAGCUCCCUGCCGGGGGAGACUGCCUGUAAAAGCGUAUACGCCUAACCUCUUCUCGAUGCUUAUAAAUCGUAACGACCAUUCGAUGCAACAGCUGGAGGCGUGUAGUAAAAAAAAAAAAAAAUAAAGAAGCGUAAAUAAAAAAUCCAUCCUCCUCUCCCUCGUGGAGCAUCACACAGUUCUAGGUAUAUAGCGAGGAGCGCCGCCACCUCCUCCUCCUCCUCCUCCUCCUCUGCGGCCGUUCGACUGUCCUCGUUCUGAGUUGCGCGCUCGGCGAGUCGCGUGCGCAAAAGCGCGACCGAGUGGGAGAGAGAGUCGAGCGGCUGCCGCGAGUGCAGCGUCUCCGCAUUGUGUAGCCGACGAGCCGUGUGACACGUGAAUCCUCCCCGCAACAUGCGGCUACAGCAUCAGAGAGCUUUAGCCGGAGUUGAGAAUCGGCCGCUAUCGAGUAUCAUCCAAAGCUCGGACGACGACGACGACGACGACGAGUGAUCGCGAGAUGAAGGGACCGAGCAGCGUCGUCCCCAGCAGAAUGAGCUUGCAGCGACAGCACCAGCCUCGGCUGCAGGAGCUUGCGCGGCUCUUCGCCGCGAGACGAAAGCGCUACUGCACCUAAUAGCAGCUGCAGUCUUGUGUAGAGCAGAGAGCGCGCGCACGUGGUGCUGCUGCUGGCCGAAUCAAAACAGAGAAACGCGUCGCGCGCCCUUCUCUCUAGCUCUGUCCGCGAGUGUGCAGCGAUACGCGAGUGCAGUGCAGCGUAGACGUGAUAAUAAUAGAGAGAAAAAAUCGGGGCUUCCAGAACUCAAAACGCAUCAGCGAUGGACUGCUGCAACUACGUGCGGCCGUACGCGACUGCGGGACACCACCACUACUAUCACCAGCAGCAGAUGCAACAGCAUCAGCUACAACAACAACAACAGCAGCAACAGCAACAGCAGCAUCUCCAGCAGCAACAGCAGAUGCAGAUGCAGAUGCAGCAUCAGCAGCAUCACUACCCGGCGCAGCAGUACUGCUACGAGGCGAACGCCUACGCGCCAGCGUAUAACGCCGCGAUCGAAGCGAGAUACAACUGCAGGCUGCCACCUGCCUAUCCGACUGACUACGUGUACAAUCCGAAGGAGGCCCGGCUGCGUAAAGCGAUGCGCGAGCAGAGCCGCACGCAGCAGCCGCCAGCAGUGAACGGUCCAGUCUCCUCCAGGACAACAGCGUCAGGAACGAGCAACGGUCAGCAGCAGCCGGUGUCCCCGUUGCCGGGCGGUGUCGGUGGCUCAUCGACGAUCGCUGCCGCAAAUCGAAUCAUCGGCCCAUGGUUUCCGCUCGGCCACACCGGCUCGUCCGCGCUGCCCCAGCCAGCGGCGGCGCCGGUCACUCAUCCGAAGCCCAUUCUCUCGCCCAGGGUGAUGGCGGCGCACCAGCGCACCCUCGACAAGACGAAGGACGUGAUAAGGAAGCAGCUGCAGGACUGCGUCCCUCAAAACGGGCCCUUUCCCACCGGCCCGUCGGCCUAUCCGGUGAACGGAGCUCAGGAGGCCAACUCCGACUACUGCGGCGACUUUACGCCCGAGGGACAGCAGCAAAAGUGGCACCCUUAUCAGAACGGAGUUAGCGCCUAUCACUCGAGGGGCGCGCUCAUGUCCAAGAUGAACAGCUUGCACAGGGGUAUGCAGAACGCGCCGCCCCAUUCGAACCCCCGGGCCUGGGGACAGUUCUGCAACGUACCUUUUCCCACGAGCCAAAGCCUGAUGCAGCAGCAGCAGCAGCAGCAGCAGGAGCGCAGCAACAGGCACAUGGUCUUCCUACGAGAGCAGCAGCAGAGUCAACAGCAGAGCCACUGCGGAUACCCGACUGCGGAGAUGCAGAUGUCAUACGAGGCCAAAAUGCAGGACGACCUUGCCCGACGCCUCCACUCGUCCUACUCCCAAGAGGAGCAGCAGGUGAAGACGCCGCUGAUGGAACUGCAGCUGUCCCAGUUACCGGCGCCGGAUGAGCAGAAAGCGGAGGAGCUGCCGAGGUGGACGACGACGCCGAGACCUCCGUCCUCGAGCUCGAGCUGCACCCCCGACGGCCUCCUGGAGUCCGAGUCGACCACGACGACGCAGGCCAGCAAGCAGCCGUUACCGGGCUUCCAGCAGGCGUUCGGCUCGACGGAGAUCGGCAGGUUCUCGCGCUCGGAGCUCUUCGCCAGCCUCGUCGAGGCCGUCAACCUGAUUCCAACCAAGAGCCUCCUAAAAUCCCGCCAUCCAUACCGAACCUCACCCGACGAUCCUACGAGCCAUAGGACAAAGCCACCGGAGUUUUCGGCCAGACCCUCGACUCAGUGUACCGCUGUCAAGAGCGAGAACUGCAAAGCGCAAGAAUGGCCGACAGCGAGGGAAAUAGAGCCGCCGCCGGCGCACAGCCAAAGUCACUCGUUUGCUCGACCGACGGAAGACGAUAAGCGUGAGGAGCAUCAGCAGGACGAGUGUCUGGAUUUGCGCGUGCCGUCGAAGAAGAGGAAGAUCAAGAUCGAAGAGACGAAGCGGGAUUGUCCGGAUUCUUCGAUUGCUACUGCUGAUGAGUGACUUACCAUUUUUUUUCGACAAUGUAUAUAAGUUAGUUUGAGAUUUUUUUCAAUAUCGUAUUUUUCAAUAAAUUCAAUUUCUCAUA